CUCCACAUUGAGCCCCACACCAGGGCCACACCUGCCAGGAUCCAGGGCCACGGCUCCGGCCGGCCGGGGAGAGGGGAGAGAAGCGGAACAGCGGCGGUGGGGAUGGAGAAGGCAAAGAAGGAGAAAGAAAGGUUUUCUUCUUCUUCGAGCAGCAGGGAAACGGUAAAGAUAGAGAAGGAGAAAAGGAAAGAAGUGGAAGUGAACAAGGGGAGAGAGGCAGGGAAGGAAGAGAAGAGGAAGUCCGUAGAGGGGAAAAACAAGGGGAAGGAGGUAGCGAAGGACGAGAAGAGGAAGAGUGUGGACGUGAAAGUCAAAGAGAACGGGAAAGACAAAGGGAAGGAGGAGAAAAGGAAGAGUGUGAGCGUGAAGACCCAGGGGAAUGGGAAAGAGACAGGGAAGGAAGAGAAAAAGAAAAACGUGGACGUGAAAAACAAGAAUGGCAAAGGGAAGGAAGUCGAGGAGGAGCAAGGGACGAAGAAAGAGAAUGAGGAGGAAGAGGUCUCAGAACAGGUCAAAGAGAGCAGCAGCACCUCGAUUAAAAUCCUGUACCCGUCGAUGCCGCCGCCACCGCCGGGGAAAAGUAAGCAGAUCCUAGUACUGGGCUUGGAUGGAGCAGGAAAGACCAGUGUCCUCCACUCGCUGGCUUCCAACAGAGUACAGCACAGCCUGGCACCUACCCAAGGUUUUCACGAAGUUUGCAUCUCCACUGAAGACAGAAAAAUGGAGUUCCUGGAGAUUGGUGGCAGUGAGCCAUUCCGCUCCUACUGGGAUAUGUAUCUGCCCAAGGGAAGGCUGCUGAUCUUUGUGGUGGAUUCAGCUGACCACAAACGGUUACCUGAAGCCAAGAAAUGUCUUCAUCAGCUAAUUGAACAAAACCCAGAGCUCCCUCUGGUUGUGUUUGCCAACAAACAGGACCUUGAGGACGCCUAUCACAUUACAGAUAUCCAUGACGCUUUGGCACUGUCUGAAGUGGGGAAUGACAGGAAGAUGUUCUUGUUUGGAACUCAGGUGACUGAGAAUGGCUCAGAGAUCCCCUCCACCAUGCAAGAUGCCAGAGACCUGAUCGCACAUCUGGCCGCAAAUAUGUAGAGUGACUAGGACCCGGCCCACUACUCAAGUCACCAUCAGACCGUCAUCAAAGAGGGCUGAAUAGCAGGUGUAAGCCAAAGGUUUCUACUUCCAAUAAAAACUAAGCCAUUUCCUAUUCUCUCAA